GAAAGUUCCUCAUGCUCAUUUCGAUCAUAGCCAACCAGAUCAUCUACUUCUUCAGUGACAAAGUCGCUGAAGACCUACAUCUGUGGUACAAGGAGCACAAGCAAAAGGCCUAUUUGGGCUUCUACCUUAUAGCCAUGGUUCUGGAGCUGAUGAUGGAUCUGUUCUUCACUGCGAGAACUACCUUCAACCAGCUAAUAGCGGCUGGUAGGCGAACCUACGGUGGAGAGAAGCUCUCGGACCUUGCGAGUUGGCACGAGGUGGUCCAGACUUAUGUUAUGCAAAAUGCUCUUGGCAACCAACUGUUGGAUUAUGCCUUCCCCUCUACCUUCCUGGCACCGUUCCUCUUCGAGCCCUUGCUUGGCUUCAUUCUCUAUCACCUCGGCAAGCUAAUGGUCCGUUCCCACGUUGCGUUGAGCAAGUACGACGCGCAGAGUGCGGUAAGUUGGUUCUGGGUCAAUGACCUUUCUCGCUAUGCCGACACCAUCCUGAAUCUGACCAUCGCAGUAAUCUUCCUGGCAAUCCACGGGGGCUUCAACGCGAGGGCUUUCGGCUACCUGUUGGGAUGCCACCUCUACAUCUAUCUCUUCGACCACUGGAUGCUUUUGCGCGCCAUGCCUCGAGCAAGGUACAACUUGAUGUCUGUGGACAGUUUAGCGCACAUGAUGAUGGUCAUACCAAAUGGUAUUGCUCUCGUAUGCUUGGUGUUCAAAGCCAACUGCAAGAACAUGCAAGAGCACCCGCUGGGCAGGCUGAUGCCCUUCGAGACAUAUUGCUUUGUAAGCAUGGAUCUCAUUCGUGUUUUGAUUUUAGCCUUCGUGGUCCAUGCGAGCAUUCAUAUGUUCAUCGUGUACAUGAUUCUGAGAUACAUUCGGGUGGACCACAAGCAGCAGGAGACGGCAUAUGCAGAGCUU